AUGAGUUUGGAAUCCUCCGGUAUACUCCAGGCAGGGGUUUUUGUGUCGACUAAAGGUGUUGACACUGGUGCUCAGCUCGUCGCUGGUUUAACCUCCACUCUUGAUCCCGAUGAGGCUUUGAGAAUAAGGAGGAAAAUUGAUGGACAUGUCAUGCCUUUGAUGUGUGCCUGGGUCCAAUUCAUGGACAAGACAACCUUAGGUUCUGCGGCCAUCCUUGGAAUUCAGGAGGCCACGCAUCUGACCACGAAUGAGCUUGGCACAGCGUUCUAUCUCAGUUAUCUUAUCUUCGAGUAUCCCCAGAACCUUACCCUUCAAAGAUUCCCAGUCGGAAAAUGGAUGAGUAUCAAUGUCUUCGUCUGGGCAGCUGCACUUGCAUGUCAUGCAGCAUGCAAAAACUUUGCUGGGCUUCUUGUUGUGCGCCUGUUGCUAGGCGUAUGUGAGGGGUCGAUCACUGCCGGAUUCUUGAUUGUUAGCUCCAUGUCCUACACUCGGACGGAACACACCCUACGGGUUAGUUAUUGGUGUAAGUUCCCAUACACACAUGAUUGCCAAGCAAACUAA